AUGAUACUGACGUCAUUGAGCGUAUCAGACGUUAUAGGAAUUAUUGUAUCGAUUAUUCUCAUUUACGUCGCAAAAUUUUAUUUCCAAUAUUUUACACGUACAAACCCUUUGCCAGGGUCUAUCCCGUUACCUUUUGUUGGAAAUUUAUUAGGAAUAAUUCAUUAUGGUAAAGGGGAUUUUACAGUAUGGUACAAGAUACUACAUGAAAGACAUGGUGACAUUUUCGAAACAUAUAUCGGUGGUUGCCGAAGGAUUGUAAUCGCUCGACCGGAUUACAUCGAAAAGAUCAUGUCAACUUCCACACAGAGCACUUACACGUUAAGAAUGGGUAAAACACCCGCAUUUGAUGAAUUAGGAGUUUCAAAAAUAGGGUUGACUUUUAAUACACAUGUCCCUAAUUGGAAAUUUAAUCGUCAAUUCUUUACCAAGGUCAUCCUCGCUCCGAGUUUCUCCAAAGAGGUUGUAAAUUUGAUACCGACAAUUUAUGAUGAAUUAAAUGAAUAUUGGAAGGAAAUUGGUGAGGAUGUACCAAUUGAUUUUUCAAUUUGGAUUAAUAAAUUCACUACUGAGAUCACCUUCCAAAUGGUCGUUGGAUUAAGAGUAAACGGGUUGAAAUCAUACUUUAAUAGUUUUGUUGAAUCAUCAAAGAAAAAAUUCAUUGAGCCAAAUCCCAUUGAUAAAGAUAUGGAACAUUUUCCACAAAUUACUAAUGAAGGUUUAGAAUAUCUAGGCUUUUUUCUCGUUGUUCCUGCAAUAAUCAGACAUACUCUCUUAAAAAAGAAGAAUGAUGCGGCGUUUGAGAAUAGAAAGCAAACUUUUGAUCUCUUAACAAAGAUUAUUAAUCAUCGACGAAAGGAAAUUGAGCAGACUUCGAUUCACGAAGAAUUAAGAUAUGACAUGUUAACAUUAUUGAUCACAACGAAUACUGAACGGGAGCUUAUCGAUCAAAAAAGUGUUGAAGAGGAACAUUCCAAACCUUUAACUAAUGAUCAGAUUAGUCAAAUUUUACUUGAGGCACUUUCUGGUGGAAUUGAUACAUCCUCGAAUGCAUUAUGUACUGUCGUAUAUUAUUUGGCUCAUUACCCUGAGGUAUUGGCUCGUUUGCGACAAGAACUAGAUACAAUCUUUGGUUUCGAGAAAGAUCGAAAAAUCACGAUGGAAGACCUUUCGAAAAUGCGUUACGCGGAAGCUAUAUUCUACGAAUGUACUCGUUUUGUAAAUCCAGCAAAGACAUUAUUACGAACCUCUACUACAAAAGAUAUUAUAGCCGGUUAUGAAUGGCCUGCAAACAUGUUGAUCGAAAUAUAUGCUGAGGGGAUUCACAUGAACCCAGCUUAUUGGAAAGACCCUCAUAAAUUUAAUCCUGAUCGAUUUAUGAAAUCCGAAGCAUUAAAAAGUAAAAUAUUGACGUUUGGAGGUGGAGUUCGGGGCUGUCCAGGAAGAAAGAUCGCUUUAAUAACAAUAAAAUUGUUGAUAUUUUUGAUCUAUAGAAAUUUUGAUAUCACAUUAGUAGACAUGAAUGUCCCCAUGAAUUUAAAGUAUUCGUUUUUAAAUACUUGUACCGAAUUAAAGAUUAAAGUUAGGCCAAGGAUGUCGUAA